AUUGAUCUCCAUUUUUCUGGUACAAGGAAGGACUGUUUUUUCGGAGUUUCUACAAAAUCAUUUUCCCCGACUUGCAGCUGCGUUUAGUUUCUCUUUUAUCAUUUCAAAGAUGAUUGAUGAUCAGGACCUUGGCUUUUUGGCCAAUUUCUUAGGCAUAUUCAUCUUUGUUUUGGUGAUUGCAUACCACUAUGUAAUAGCUGAUCCCAAGUAUGAGUUGGGUUUACAAUGAACCCAACAUUACAAGGGGAAUAACUAGGCUUUCCUUAAGAUGGCACAGUAGACUGGUAUUAAGACAUGAUUUUGCAUGAUGCCACUUUUGUCACAAAAGUAGUCUGUAGUAGCUGCAGGUAGUUUUCUACGAGCAGUCAUAUUUAUAAAAAUGUGUGUUUUGGCAAAUGUAACAAUGCAGUAAAGUAGAACAAAAAGUGCACAAUUGAUUCAUCUUACUUUUCUCAAGUUCAAAAUAUUGGGACUAUCACGAAAUUUUAACAGAUAAUGCUUUGUUA